AUGGAGAACGAAAAGGAAAAUCUCUUUUUCGAGCCACAUAAAAGGGGACUGAUGAAAACACCUCUGAAAGAAUCCACUGCUGCAAAUAUAGUGUUGGCGGAGAUCCAGCCUGACUUUGGCCCUUUAACCACACCCACCAAGCCCAAGGAGAUCUCCCAGGGAGAACCGUGGACACCAACAGCCAACCUGAAAAUGCUCAUCAGCGCCGUGAGCCCCGAGAUCCGCAACAGGGAUCAGAAAAGGGGUUUGUUUGACAACAGAAAUGGAUUACCUGAGGUCAAAGAUUGUUUACAUGAACACUUCUCUGGAGAUGAAUAUGAGAAAUCCCAACCCAGUCGAAAAGAGAAAAGUUUAGGAUUGUUGUGUCAUAAGUUUUUAGCUCGAUACCCUAACUAUCCCAACCCUGCUGUGAAUAAUGACAUCUGUCUUGACGAAGUAGCCGAAGAACUUAAUGUCGAGCGCCGACGCAUUUAUGAUAUCGUCAAUGUCCUAGAAAGUCUACACAUGGUGAGCCGGCUCGCCAAAAACAGGUACACUUGGCACGGGCGACACAACCUCAACCAGACCCUUGGGACUUUGAAAAGCGUCGGGGAGGAGAACAAGUACGCCGAGCAGAUUAUGAUGAUCAAAAAGAAAGAAUAUGAACAAGAGUUUGACUUUAGUAAGAGUUACAGUAUAGAGGAUCCCAUCAUCAAAUCAAACACUGGCCAAAAUGGAUACCCAGACAUGUGUUUUGUCGAACUCCCUGGAGUGGAAUUUCGGGCAGCCUCUGUAAACAGCCGCAAAGACAAGUCUUUAAGAGUGAUGAGCCAAAAAUUUGUGAUGCUGUUUUUGGUGUCUACGCCUCAGAUAGUAAGCUUGGAAAUUGCUGCCAAGAUUUUAAUUGGGGAGGACCAUGUGGAAGAUUUGGAUAAGAGCAAGUUUAAAACAAAAAUUAGGAGGUUGUAUGAUAUAGCUAAUGUUCUGAGCAGCCUGGAUCUUAUCAAGAAAGUUCAUGUUACAGAGGAAAGAGGCCGAAAGCCAGCUUUUAAAUGGACAGGCCCAGAAAUCAGUCCAAAUCCCAGUGGUCUCAGCCCAGUCCUUCCUUUGGCUGCCUCUGAUUUGGAAGCGAGGCGGUCUUCAAAAGAGAACUGUGCCAAAAACCUCUUUUCCACACGUGGGAAACCAAACUUCACUCGACACCCAUCUCUCAUCAAACUGGUAAAGAGCAUAGACAGUGACCGGAGAAAGAUAAAUUCUGCUCCCAGUAGCCCUAUCAAAACCCACAAAGCUGAGAGCACUCAGAAUUCUGCACCUUUCCCGAGCAAAAUGGCCCAGCUCGCAGCUAUCUGCAAAAUGCAGUUAGAAGAGCAAUCCAGUGAACCCAGAAAGAAAGUGAAAGUACAGCUGGCAGGAUCUGGGCACUGCAAACCAGUGGCCCCUCUGGACACUCCAGCAAAUGCCGAGCUAGAGAUGACAGCACCGUCCCUCAUCCAGCCCCUGGGGGUGGUCCCCCUCCUCGCCAGCCCAUUGUCACCAGCAGUGCCUGUGAUCCUACCUCAGACCCCUUCGGGCUCAUCGUAUACCAUCUACUUGCAGCCUGCCCAGGCCCAAACUAUAACGCCACCCCCAGGCCUGAGCCCCACGGUCUGCCCCACCACCUCUUCUAACACUAUGAGAUCAAAAGACUCCACUGAUGCCACCGGUGAGAAUGCAGACAGUGACGCCCCAAAGUCCAGUGCAUCCACCAGGCCUGGAAGUUUGCUGCCAGAGCCAGAGAGACAAGGUGCAAAGAACCGAGAGAGGGAGCCAGCUGGAGAAAAAGGCUCCAAGAGGGCGAGCAUGCUCGAGGACGGUGGCUCCAAAAAGAAAUUUAAAGAAGACCUGAAAGCACCUGAAAAUGUCUCCACAACCUUGUUCCCAUCAGGAUACCUAAUCCCUCUCACCCAGUGCUCAACCCUGGGGGCAGAGUCCAUUCUGUCUAGUAAUGAAAACUCAGGUACACUUUCCCCAAACCACAGGAUCUACAGCUCCCCGAUUGCAGGUGUUAUUCCAGUGACAUCAUCUGAACUCACUGCUGUUAAUUUUCCCUCUGUUCAAGUAACACCUUUGAAGCUAAUGGUCUCACCAACUUCCAUGGCAGCCGUCCCUGUCGGGAACAGCCCGGCUCUCUCUUUGAGCCACCCAGUUCCCAUCCAGAACCCGAGCUCAGCCAUUGUAAACUUCACCCUGCAGCACUUGGGCCUCAUCUCCCCUGGUGUGCAGGUGUCCGCCAGCCCUGCCCCCGGAACCGUUGGCAUGUUGCCAAGAAUAGAGGCUGUUAGUGUCACACCCGAAAGUGCAGGCGCUCAGCAAGGAAGGGCCACCAAGUGUGACGCAUCCAUCCUGAGCCAGAACCAAACAAACGGACAAUCAUUUGCAGGGACAGGGGCACAACAGCCUGUUCCUGUGACACCCAAAGGGUCCCAGCCGGUGGCCGAAAGCUUCUUCCGUACUCCAGGUGGACCAACAAACCCAACAGGCUCCACCUGCGUGGAUUUUGAUGGUGCUAAUCAUACCUCCGUAGGAACUCUCUUCGUCCCACAGCGAAAACUGGAAGUCUCAACGGAGGAUGUCCAUUAA